GGUUCGAAAACCGUUGGGUAUAUAAGAGAAAAAACCAGAGCAGUAAUCCCUAUUUUCCAUUUCUCUCCUUCCACCUCGCAACAACCCUAGAACUCUCUCCCACUGUCACUCUCACUGAACGAAAAUGCCUCCCAAAGCUGCUAAGGGAAAGGAAGUACCGACUGAGCGACCCAUUCUCGGACGAUUCUCUUCUCAUCUUAAGAUCGGAAUCGUUGGAUUGCCAAAUGUUGGGAAGUCUACUCUUUUUAACACUCUUACUAAGUUGGCAAUUCCCGCCGAGAACUUCCCCUUCUGCACAAUUGAACCUAAUGAGGCUCGGGUAAAUAUCCCUGAUGAGCGAUUCGAAUGGCUUUGCCAACAAUUCAAGCCAAAGAGUGAGGUUUCUGCAUUUCUGGAAAUUCAUGAUAUAGCUGGACUUGUUCGAGGUGCCCAUCAGGGGCAGGGUUUGGGCAACAGUUUCUUAUCUCACAUUCGAGCAGUUGAUGGAAUUUUCCAUGUUUUACGUGCAUUUGAAGAUCCUGAUAUUAUUCAUGUUGAUGACACAGUAGAUCCUGUGAGGGAUCUAGAGAUUAUUAGUGAAGAAUUGCGACUAAAGGAUAUUGAAUUUAUGGAGAGGAAAAUAGAGGAUGUUGAAAAAAGUAUGAAGAGGAGCAAUGACAAGCAGCUUAAAGUAGAGCACGAGUGCUGCGGAAGGCUCAAGGCAUGGCUUGAGGAUGGAAAAGAUGUCCGUCUAGGGGAUUGGAAAGCUGCAGAUGUGGAAAUACUGAAUACAUUACAAUUGCUAACUGCCAAGCCUGUUGUUUACUUGGUUAACAUGAAUGAGAAAGAUUACCAAAGAAGAAAGAACAAGUUUUUGCCAAAGAUACAUGCUUGGGUUCAAGAACAUGGUGGGGAACAAAUUAUUCCUUUCAGCUGCGCAUUAGAAAGAAAUCUUGCUGAUCUUCCACCUGAUGAGGCGGCAAAGUAUUGUGAGGAGAACAAAGUACAAAGUGCCCUUCCAAAGAUCAUAAAGACUGGAUUUUCAGCAAUUAAUCUCAUUUACUUUUUCACAGCUGGUCCUGAUGAGGUUAAGUGCUGGCAGAUCAGACGACAGACAAAAGCUCCUCAAGCUGCAGGGGCUAUCCAUACUGAUUUUGAGAGAGGGUUCAUCUGUGCUGAGGUCAUGAAAUUCGAAGAUCUGAAGGAACAUGGCACUGAAUCAGCUGUUAAGGCUGCCGGGAAGUACAAACAAGAGGGGAAGACUUAUGUGGUUCAAGAUGGAGACAUCAUAUUUUUCAAGUUUAAUGUUUCCGGAGGUGGGAAGAAGUGAGGAUAUAUAUAUGCUAAGAAGUUAAGUAGCUAAACUUGAUUUCUGUCACAUCACAUGACUCCAUCAUUUCUACUGUAAACAAUUCUAUUUUGAGAAAAAGAGGACAAAAAUAAGUCUUGGUAAUAUUUUUGUAUCAUGUUCUCUUUGCAUUAUUUAUUUAUCAGAGUACACAUUAGAGAAA